GGGAAAAAAAGUGACAUCCGUGACGACAUCUGCGAUGAUCUGACAGAGGUGCGGCAGAACCGAACCGAUUUCCAACGACCAAACAGCACAUUUAAUACCCGGUAAAUACUUAACAAUACAAUAUCACCGACUUAGCGCAGUGUAACAUGAGCGAGGAGCGCACGCGUUCGGUUAGUCAACAAAUGAAGUGAGUCACAGGGACAGGAAGACGCGCUGUGAUAUUGUACAGCUCUUACAGUGUCUGUAUUGAGGAAUUUAAAUGCAUCUGAGAUCAUGCAGCCACACCGGCCAUAUGUCACUCUCUGAGCCUCGCUCACUAAUAAAACCGGAAGAUUAGACUACGCUCUUUCUGACCUUAAUUUGUGCUGUUAUUGCUCCAAGAGAGGCAUCGUUGAUUACCAGCACGUUAAUGUUAACCGGUCAACGGGGAUUUUAACACUGAAUGGGCUCAGGUAUUGUCGAUCAUCUGCCAUGCAUACAUGAAAUGGAUUUGCCGAGGUGUAAAUUAAGUCUGGUAUACGCCCCUGCACCCUAGCGAGAAAACAACAGAAGGGGCGUGAAGAUCAGCCCUAAUGGAAGAGAUCGAAACAGAGCUGACCUGCUCCGAGCAGGAAGCUUUAGGAGCAGACUUCAUCACAGUGGAGCUGGACACACAACCCAUCGAAUAUGUGGUCAAAUGGGCCGAGGCGGGCUCCAAAUUCACCAUCGCCUGCGUGAAGAAGGAUUUGGAAGAGGCUGGCUGCUUCACCUCCGAUCAGAUGGUGAAGGUGGAUCCAGAUGAGACCUUCUUUGUCCCGUACGAAUCGGUGUAUCCCGAGUGUGACGAUGUCGAUACGGAACUGAUCGCCACUCACGAGGAGGAAGUAGGAAGCGAGUUAGACUUCGACAACAGCACAGAAACUGUGAACAGCCAGCUCUGCGAAGAAGAGGAUAUUUCCGACAUCUCUUGGGAGAAGGAGGUGUCUCACCCUAGAACCUACAACUGCCACUUUUGUGGGAAGAGCUACAGCCAUUCCUCCAGUCUCGCCCGCCAUCUGCACACACACACGGACAGACCGUCGCUCGCUUCCUCGAAAGAUGUCAGCAAGUUAUGCGACGGCAAGAAAGCUCUACAGUGCAACCUCUGCGGGGUCAGAUGCAACGGCAAGCGGCUUCUGGCGAUACACAAGAAAUGCCACAAAACCAAAAGACUGCACACGUGCAACACGUGCGGCAAAACCUUCAAUCACAGCUCCAGUUUGUCGCGGCAUCGACUAAUCCAUAAAAAAGGUUUGGAUAAAAUCGCUAGGCCAUUAUACCCCACCCCCACCCCAGCUCCCAUCAUGACCCAGCACAGUUUCCCAUCGGCCGCAAAUAAACGAAUGGCUGAACGAGAGAAGCAAUACCAGUGUGCGCAGUGCGACAGGGUCUUCAGCCACUCCGCCAGCCUCUCCAAGCACCAAGUCGCGCAUGUGCGUCAGCUGCUGAACUCCUACACGCAUGGAAAAGACAAGUCCUCGGAUCUGAAGAUCCGUCUGAAGCUGUGCUCCCGCGACAAGCCCAACUACUACACCCUGUGCAAGAAGAACAAGCACAGCAAACGGGGCAAGAAGAGGCUGUACUUACCCAAUGAGGAGAGGCCGUACCCCUGUCGCAUGUGCGACAAGCGCUUCAGCCACACCACCAGCCUGUCUCGGCACGAGCACAUGCAUGCUAGCGAUAAGCGAUACGCCUGCGACGUCUGCAAGAAGACCUUCGUCCGGCAGUCCAACCUCAAGCAGCACCAGCAGACGCACGCUUCCGGCAAGCUCUAUCAUUGCCAACAGUGCGGGAAGACUUUCGUUCACUCCUCCAGCUUCUCGCGCCAUAAGAAGGUGCACGCGGCCAUGAGGUUUUCCCCAAUGGAGGAGGACAUUACGUGUGAAGAGGAGCUGGUGAUCGACGAGGCCGCUCCGCUUGAAUAUGAAUCCGAGUGAGAGACUUUUCCCAACACAAAUGUUCUGAUGGAUGUUCCUUUUUAAAUCACUCAUUAGGGAUGUCAAGGGUACCGACUUCGGUAGAAAUCGGUGCUGAAAUUUAAAGAAACGAAAACAUUUGAGUGCAGGACAGGUUCUUAAAGGGGCAGUUCACCCACAACUAGUGUUGUUAUGAUACUGAAAUUUCAGUGACAAAUUGGUACUGAAAUUUUAAAAAUGUUCAUUUCAUGCUAACAUUUGAGCGUGUUUAUAAACACCCCUGAUUUGCCAUUAUGUUUGCGUGCUCAACAGAAAUGAUUGUUUACAGUUUACACGGAUAUAAGGACACCGGAGCAUUUCAAAACCUCAAAAAUAAGCUGACAUAUGAGCAAGCCGCUGAUGGAUCAACUGAUAUUCGCGGCAUUAAAACAGUCCAGUGUCCCUAUAUCUGCGUUUUCACUUGGUAAACAUCAAUGAAGUUUGGUGAACUGAUAACCUUCACAGCCAGUCAUAUCUGUAGCAAAUCAGCGCUGUUUAAGAACGUGCUUAAAUGUUAACGGGAAAUGGACUAGUUUAAAAUUUCUGUUCUGAUUGGUUCCGAAUCAUGACAACACUACCUACACUGCAAAAAAAUGCUUUUCUUAGAUUUUUUUGUUUUGUUUCUAGUCCAAAUAUCUAAAAAUUCCUAAAUC